AUGGGCAACUGUAUCGGAAUUGAGACCGCUGUUCCGGCGACGGGCGAUUCGUUCGUGGACGUGCUGUUCUUCCCGGAUCGAGGCAUGCCCUGCAAGGACUUCCACUCGUCAAGCAGGGACUGCACCCGGAAGAAUUGCAAGUUUAUUCACGACGGGGGGAGUUCCCUAAUGACGCUGCUUGGUUUUCUAAAAAGGGCCAAGAAGUCGAUGGACAUUUGUGUCUUCACGAUCACGUGUGACGACAUCGCAGAGACCGUGCUGGAAGCUCAUUAUCGCGGCAUUAAAGUCCGCGUCAUUACGGACGAUGGCCAGGCAAAAGGUAAAGGCUCGGAUAUUCAGAAGUUCAUUGAUGCGGGUAUUCCAGUGCGCGACGACAACGCACGGACGUACAUGCACCACAAGUUUUGCAUCAUUGAUCACACAAUCUUGCUGAACGGAUCUUUCAAUUGGAGUCGCCAAGCUGUUGUCGGCAACGCAGAGAACCUCGUCAUCCACAAGAACGGCCCCAUCAUCGGUCGCUUUGACGAGCAGUUUGCGCACCUUUGGGCGAAAUACGAGCGCUAG